AAUGUCACAAAAGUUGCGUACGUGUGCUAUGAAAAGGCAAAGGCAACAAAUGGCACAACAAAAACGACAAAACGGCAUUCCAACAAAACAGUUGCAGUUGUAUGUUUUUUCCACUAGAGAGCGCCACAUUAACGUCUUGUACUACAGACAUUUGGCCAUAUCGUUAGUUUUUAUUCAAACAAAGAGAUCAAAUCCAUGGACUUUAUGACAAAUGGGACCUUUAUGGAUCUAAAAUUCGUAAAGACAACAUAUAAUGUUUAAAAUGAGUGUAUUUAUCUUUGCAGAGACUGCUUGAGACGUGCAUUUAAUGACUUGUUCCAUUGUGGUGACACAUUCACAAAUGUUUACUUUAUUUAUUUUUUUUUCAAGUGAACUAGUUUAGAGGGAGAAUUGUAUUGCAUCUAGACAAAAAAAAAAAAAAAAAAAGUAAAAGAAAAGACAGGGUUAGAAAAUUGUGCAUUUUCCGAGCGUACCCUGAAGGCACCACGACUUGCACGCCCAACCCCGGUGACAGCAGACGCCGCUCGCCGCCAUCCAGGUGCUCACCUCGGGGAGAGCUUCUCUCCGGGCCCGCCCCGUCUUCGGAGCCUCAACCUGAGUGAGGAGGAGCGCCAUCCCAAGCCCCGUCGUGCUAUGCUUUGUCCGCGAAGACGACCAUACCAGCCCCGAACCCCCUCCCCGGAAAAUAUGAAGCGGGAACACGGUCCAAGGAAGAGGACGGCGGCGGCCGCGGCCGCGUUUUGAGUCGCCCGUGUCGUGUCCACCCUCAGCCGGCUAGCUAAGCAGCCAUCCCGGAGGGGGGUCGCAAGGCUACCAGACUCCGCGGCGCCAUGGCGGGACUCAUCAAGAAGCAAAUCUUGAAGCAUCUCUCCAGGUUCGCCAAGAACCUGUCGCCCGACAAGAUCAACCUGAGCACGCUGAAGGGCGAGGGCCAGCUCACCAACCUGGAGCUGGACGAGGAGGUCCUCCAGAGCCUGCUGGACCUCCCCACCUGGCUGGCCAUCAACCGCGUGUGCUGCAACAAGGCCGCCAUCCGAAUCCCGUGGACCAAGUUGAAGACUCACCCGAUUUCCCUGACUCUGGAUAAAGUGGAAAUGGAAAUGAGCACCUGCGAUGAACCCCGCCCCCCCAACGGCCCCUCCCCCAUAGCCACGGCGUCCGGGCAGAGCGAGUACGGCUUCGCGGAGAAGGUUGUGGAGGGCAUGUCGCUGUCCAUCAACUCCAUCGUGAUCCGCAUCAGCGCCAAGGCCUUCAACGCGUCCUUCGAGCUCUCGCAGCUGCAGGUGCACAGCGUCAACACCAGCUGGAGCGUCAGCGACCUGCGCUUCACGCGCAUACAGGACCCGCAACGCGGGGAGCUCCUGACGUUCAAGGAGAUCAGCUGGCAGAUGAUCCGCAUCGAGGCCGACGCCAUCCAGAGCGCCGAGCACGACAUGCUGAGCGCGCCCAUUCGCCUCAUCACCAACCAGUCCAAAAUCCGAGUCACGCUCAAGCGACGCAUGAAGGACUGCAACGUGGUGGCCUCCAAGCUGGUCCUGAUCCUGGACGACCUCCUGUGGGUGCUGACCGACUCGCAGCUCAAAGCCAUGGUGCAGUACGCCAAGUCGCUCAGCGAGGCCAUGGAGAAGUCGGCGCAGCAGAGGAAGAGCUUGGCCGCCGAGGAGCAGGCGUCGCCCGGGCCGCCCUCGGCCCAGCAGGCUCGCACGCAGCAGACGUCGACGGCCGCCGAGCAGAGCGCCACCAUGGCCAAGCUGUUCAGCGACUACGACGUGUGCGAGACCUCGCACCACCUGCAGAUCACGCACUUGGACCUGCACGUCUGCGACGACAUCCACGCCGCCGACAAAGCCAUCAACAAGAGGAUCACGGGUGGAGCCAUGCAGCUUUCCUUCAGCUCCAUCACGCUGGACUACUACCCUUUCCACAGGGCAGGUGACAGCUGCGCCCACUGGAUGCACUGCAGCGAGGCCACCAAAGCCCGAGAGGAUUGGGCCCGCGGCCUCCUGGACGACUUCAAGUCCAACGUGGACAUGCUGAAGAGCGUGCUGCGAGGCCAGCAGGGCGGCGCCUCUGCGCACAGCUCCCCCGGGAAGAUCAACACGUCGUCCACCUCGGCCUUCAGCCCGCCGCAGGCUCAGAGUCACAAGACGCAGCUCAUGUCCAGCUCGGUGGUCCUCAGGAUGGCCGACUUCAGCGUCUACCAGGUGUCCACGGCGGACCAGCGUCGCUCCAGCCCCAAGACCAUGAUCUCCUGCAACAAGAAGUCCUUGUACCUUCCUCCUGAGAUGCCGGCCAUCCACGUGGAGUUCACCGAGUACUAUUUCCCAGACGGAAAAGACUACCCCAUCCCGUGUCCCAACCUGUACGCGCAGCUGAACGCCCUGCAGCUGGUCCUGGACCCUCGCAGCCUGGUCUGGAUCAACCUGUUCGCUCUGGACCUGCGGCAGAGUCUGGAGCAGUUCAUGGAGAUCUACAAGCUGAACGACUCGCAGAAGCCCGACGAGCACGUUGACGUCAAGGUGGACGGCCUCAUGCUGAAGCUGGUGAUCCCGGCCGACCGGGACCCCUCGUGCCCGCCCAACCUUCCCCGCUCCGUCUCGGUGCAGACGUCCGAGAUGGUGGCCACCAACACCCGCCUCCCGGCCAACUGCACCCGCGCCCACCUGGAGGCCCUCCUGCACGCCUUCCAGGAGGAGCCCUUCUUCUCGUCCUCCUUCGUCUCCUUUCCCCGCUCCUCCUCCUCGCUGCCGCUCCUCCACCCGGUUUUCCGCUCCCACGCCCACGAGCAGGACACCCGGCUGCACGACAUCUACCGGGGCCUCGUGGUGCCCGCCAUGAACGCCGAGGCCCUCAAAAUGCCGGCCGCCGCCGACUUCUGGGCCCUGCACUUUGCGCAGUUCUGGGUGGACUACGAGGGAAAGGGGCGGCCGCAGCCCUUUGUGGACGCUUUCCCCGUCACCGUGUGGGCCUGCCAGCCCGCCAAGCUCCUCCGGCACCAGGAGAAGCUGAGAGAACUGGCCCGGAGCUCCUCGGCGGAGUCCGCCGGGCGCCUGCAAAGGAAGCGGCUGCUCAAGGAGUUCUACAGCGCCGACAGCGCCACCGCGCCGUCCCACAGUCCGUCGAACGGCCUUCAUAAACCGCAUUCGCUCGACAGUUUACCUUCUUCUCCGUCCACGUCUUCCAGCCAAGAUGCUGACGUCCAUGCGCUGGUGCACGUUCACAAGCAUCUCAGCGCUCAGGUGAGCCACCAGCAGUACGUGUUCCUGAUGCGUCUGCAGCGCAGCAUCAAGGCCCUGCAGCAGACCUUGCAGCAGGACCUGGAGGAGAUGGGAGCCCUGCGCAAGGCUCCGUCUCAGCGCCCCGCCGACCACCGGCCCUUCGCCGUCUGCCUGGGCCUGCUGCUCAAGAGCGCCGAGGUCUCCCUCCUCCUCAAGCCCGUCGCCCGCUCCGAAGGCUCCGGGUCCCCUCUCGGGUCUGAGCUGUGCCCUUCGGAGAGCAGGGGAACCCUGGAGCCGGGAGGCGAGGGCGAAGGGAAAGGGAGCUCCGCCGUGGACCAAAUGUUGCGGGGAGACGGCGCCGCGCCGGAAGAGAAGACGCCCGCUAAGAACGCCGGGAAGUGGAAUUCCCACGAAGGCGGGGAGGGGCCGGACGAGGUUUUUGCCAGCGAGGAGGAAAGCGGCUUGCAAAAAGCGGCAGGUGAGCCGGUUUGUGAAGACAAAGCUGCGGCUGCCAAGAUGCUCCAGUCCGCAUCCAGGAAAGGAAGUUUGUCUGUCGUUUCCGACCUCCUCAGCUCUUCAUCUACCAGCAGAUCCACCUCCCUUUAUUCCAUGUCCAACAUCGGGCGUCUGAUGCGCGACCGCUCGCAGUCCAAUUUCUCCGUGUCCUACAAGAACACGAAGAAGAGUCCGUCCCUGCAGUCGCUGGACAACGUCUCCAUUGACAGCUACCUGCUGGAGGACGGCGACUCCUACAGCCUGCUGGAGCGAGACGACAUGUCCAUCUCGGGGUUCAAGGCCACCACCGAGGGUGCGGGGGACGCCGCCCUCGCCCCCGCCGCCGCGCCCGUCCCGGAGCAGGAAGGAGGCGUGUCCCCCGACACCCUCAGCGCCGCGUCGCAGAGCAUCGACGAACCCUCCAAGGACACCGUGUCGGUGUUGGUGCUGAAGGUGCAUUCGGUGUGCGUGGGCGUGGAGGCGCUGGGCGAGAGCACCGACGUGGCGCUGGAGGUGGACAAAGUCACGCCCGUCCAGCUGGGCAACGUCAGCCUGCGGCACUACCUGAGCAACCGCAGCCUGGGUAUGGUGUGUUCAAUGCCGGCUCAGAGCAGCCAAGGCGGGGCCGAGGUGCGCUCGCCCUCCGCGGGGGCCCCCCACCGCCGCCGCCCGGAGCUGCGCGCCCGGCUGGAGGGCGGGCCGCGCGCCGCCGCCCGCUCGCCGCUGGCCGAACGCAACGGCUUCCUGGAGCUGCGCCUGCGCGGCUACCGGGCCGGCCUGCUCGCGUCCACGCUGCGCAACCUGGCCCACUUCCUGGAGGACGACGCGGCGCCGCAGGUGCUGCCCAUGGAGAUCAGCGUACGGGACACGCGCAUACACUUGAAGGACGACGGGCAGCGCGACGCCUCGUCCGACUCCGAGCCCACCGUGCUGCACGUGGACAACCUGGUCAUCCACCGGCGGGACGACGGCGCCUUCUCCAUCGGGGGGGACAGCGAGCCGAAACGCUCGGCGUCGACGGACGGCGGCUCGAGUCCCGUCGCAGAGGCCCCGCGGACCCCCGCCCCGUCCCCCCACGAACAAAUGCUGAUGGAGGAGAACGAAUGCCUGAAAGCGGAGCUGUCGCGGGCCAAAACGGCGCUGGCCCAGGUUCAGAUGGAGAGGGACUCGCUGCAGCACCGAGUCGACAGCCUCCAGGUCAACACCAGCUAGCCGCUCGCGACGUGGACGUUUUCUUCCCUAACUUCAAAUUCCUUCAUGAAGCAACGCAGACUCCAUUUUUGGUUUUGUUUUGUUUUCACACGAAUGAAGCGUGCGUCUGCCGUGACGCCGACUUAAAAUGGUCGAAUCAAAUCUUCAUGAAUGUCACUGAGGAAUGUCGCCGGGAAAAGAUCAAUUUUGCACAUCAUGCUCGUAUUUGUGUGUGCGUGUUUUUGUUGUUGUCGUAUUCGAAUGCGCGAGUACUUUUUGUACACAGGUCGGAGCGGUUCUGCAGUGCCCGAAUGAACAAGCAUUCCCCCCCCCCGCCCCCCCAAAUGUGUUUUUAUGGGUCGGGCCGCUUCCCAACCUAUUUUUCUAGGGGGGGGGGGGGAUGUACAGCGUGUCCACACGGCGUCGCUUCGUUGGCCUUUUUGUGCGGAUUGUCAUCAUGUCAUAUUUUCUGUCGAAGCAGCUGACAUGCUGAUUUAAAAAAAAAAAAAAAGACAGUUAAUAUGGAAAAAAAGAUCAUCCACUUAGAUUACGUUUUUUCUUUUAGCCUUUUAUUUUGUAAUGGUUUUUGGGAUAAUAAAAAAAGCUAAUGCAAAAUUA